CAACAUGCUAUGGAUUUGAUACUGUCCGGCGGCCGGUACGCUGCUGGCGGUCACACACGGCAGGCACGAUGCUGUGAGGCUGCUGUGUGAAGCAGCCCGGACAAACAUGAUGGAGGAGGCUGCCAGCCAGCUUGAGAGAGAUCAUGUGCACAGUGUCUAUGACAAGAUUGCUCCAUAUUUCAAUGACAGCCGCUAUAAAGCCUGGCCAAAGGUACGCCAGUUUCUGCUGGACCUGCAGCCUGGAAGCAUCGUCGCUGACAUUGGAUGUGGCAAUGGCAAGUAUCUCCACAUCAACAAGGAGGUGUUCAAGCUGGGGUGCGAUGUUUGUCGCCCCCUGGUGGACUUUGCCUGGAGCCAAGGACACGAGGUCCAGAUGUGCGACGGGCUGCAUUUGCCUUACAGAGACAGCUGCUUCGAUGCUGUGCUCUCUAUUGCAGUCAUCCAUCAUUUGUCCACCAAAGAGCGCCGUAUUCGAGCAAUAAAGGAAAUGGCUCGCACCCUGCGAGUGGGUGGACGCAUCAUGAUCUACGUGUGGGCCAUGGAGCAGAAACGUCGUAAAUUUGAGAAACAGGACAUUUUUGUUCCCUGGAACCCCAACCCUCAUUCGCCCUCUGGCUUCAAUAGGGAGCAUGCCAAACCCAGAAGGAGGGCCACAGCACAGAGCAUGAGUGAAGCCAUAGACAACACUGACAAGCACAGGAAGGUUAGAAGCACAUCCUCCGUUGCAGAUGAAGAAGACCUGACUUGCACCACACCGCAGCAGAGGACUCAGAGACUGUGGUUCUUCUCCAGGUCUCUGGAUUCUGUGUUUGACUUUGGAAGUUUAGCAAUCUCCCGGUCGUCCUCCAGAGACUUGAGCACUUUAUCUUCACCCACAGGUGAAAAUGAGGGGAACAAGGCAAACCAGCGUGGGAGAGGGCGAGGCCUCAUCAAGCAGGUCUCCAGCUUCUUUUCUCCUCCAUCUGUGAUCGGAUCAGAGGAGGACGUCUUUGACUCGGUUACAGACCUGCACAAGGGACAAAAUGAUCCUGGUGGCGACAACAGCACUCCUGACAACAAUGGCACAGACGACCAGUGUAUCUCAGUAUCUUUAGCCCAGGAGUGUGGCUCUCUGGCCCUGCCAGAUCUGGUGCCCUUCCAGAAGGAGCACCUGAAGCAGUCUGGUGAUGAAAGUGAAGGAGGGCCUCCGGGAAACGAGCAGCAGGAAAGCACACAGAGUCCUCAGGGGAGCGAGGGACAGGUGGAGGGCCCCUGCCUGAGGUACUAUCACGUCUUCAGGGAGGGAGAACUGGCAGAACUGAUAGAGAAUCACGUUGAGGAGCUUCAUGUCAAACACACCUACUUUGAUCAUGCCAACUGGUGUGUGGUGGCAGAGAAAGUUCAGCUGUGGAAAAUAUGAUUUUAACUUGAUUUUAUUUUGCAUCAACUCUGCCUAAAGUAUCAGCACUGAAUCACACGUUUGAUGAUUAUUACACUCUUUUUUUUUAGUUAAGUUAAAUAGUCAUGGAACCAGCUGUGGGACAGACCUGUCCACAUUAAGCAUUAUUUUAGAUGGCAUCACUGUAAUGUUUUUGCACAUGAUAGCAGUGUUCAGCAACGGCUAUCACUGUAUACUAUACCGUGUUUUUAAAGUAUUUAUUCUAUUUCGAUAUGUGAAACCCACAAGCAGUAUCCAGAUAUCCAGUGUGUUCCCUUUUAAAGAAUUUGAUUUUAUCUUUAACCCACAGCAAGUUCCAGGAUUUUAACCAUUUUAAAGGAGCAUUUCUUCAAAAGAGACAUUAAGAAACGGUUUUUGUUUUUGGACUUAAUAUUAGCCAAAGGAGAAUUUGUGAGCCUACAGUAUACUCUUCCAUCUGCUCUUAUAUUUUUUAAUACAUUGAUUUCAGUGGAAAAGUCUUACUUUAUUUUUUGUGUCUGCCUGUUUUACAAUUGCAUGUUCCUUAACUCUGAAUUUGAGGAGGUAAACUUGGAGCAAGUAUCCGUCUAUCUUUUGGGUGGGACUUUCUGUAAACUGCUCAUGUGUAAUCUAUCAGAAACAUGUAUAAAAAGAGCUCAAAGUUGUGCAGAAUAUCUUCCAAAACAUUUGUUUAACAUUUGCUUGUUGUGGUUUACUCUCCAGGUGUCUCAAAGAAUGUAUUGCCUGUGUGUGUGUUUGAUGUUGAUAUUUGUAAUAGUUGUGUAUUGUCUUGUAACAAGCUGAAUAUGCGACUAGUAUGUUUCAGCAAAUCAACUGCCUCAUAUACUGUGAAUAAACAUUGCACUGUAUCACAAUUAUGUCGCUGCUUGAUGUCAGUGAAUGACAAAUAUAGGUGAAACUUGAAACAUACUGGUUAUCUGUAUCCAUUGUGCCAAGGAUGGUGCAUAUCUUUAUCAGUACACUAUGUGUGGACCAACUGUUUGUUCUGAAGUGACACUGGUACCUUAAUGUCUUACGUGACCUGAUGUAAAUGCUUUUGAAUUUGUUUUUCCUUAUUAAAUAUUUUUUGUUCAUGA